AUGCGGGUGCCACUCUGCCUGUUGCUGCUCGUCGCCCACGCCGCGGACAUGCUCCCCCUGAACCGAAGGAGAAAGCAAGUGGGCACUGGUCUGGGGGGCAACUGCACAGGCUGCGUCAUCUGCUCAGAGGAGAACGGCUGCUCCACCUGCCAGCAGAGGCUCUUCCUGUUCAUCCGCCGAGAAGGUAUCCGCCAGUACGGCAAGUGUGUGCAUGACUGUCCCCACGGCUAUUUCGGCGUCCGUGGCCAGGAGGUGAACAGGUGCAGAAGAUGUGGGACCACGUGUGAGAGCUGCUUCAGCCAGGACUUCUGCAUCCAGUGCAAGCGGCGGUUUUACCUGUACAAGGGAAAGUGUCUGCCCACCUGCCCACUGGGCACCGCAGCCCAGCACAGCACGCGGGAAUGCCAGGAGGAGUGUGAGCUGGGCCCCUGGGGCAGCUGGAGCCCCUGCAUGCAUCACGGGAAGACCUGUGGCUCAGGCUGGGGCCUGGAAACCCGGGUACGAGAAGCCGGCCACGCGGAACAGGAGGAAGCAGCAACCUGCCAGGUGCUGUCUGAGUCGAGGAAAUGUGCCAUCCGGAGGCCCUGCCCAGGAGAGAGAAGCCCCAGCCCGAAGAAGGGCCGGAGAGAGCGGCGCCCACGCAAGGACAGGAAGACGGACCGCCAGCUGGACGUGAGGCCCCGCCGGCCGCAGGCCUGAGA